AUGGCAGAUCUCGCGGAGGUGCAGCAGCUGGAGCUGUUGUGCCAAGCUUUUUACGGUGGUGGCGGGAAAGAAGAACAAAAUGAGGCGCACAAAGUGCUGCUACCCCUCGUCAACAACCCCGAAAACAUGCCCAGGCUACAGGCGGUGCUCGCUCACUCGUCGAACCUGCAGGCCUUGCUAUUUGCAAGCUCGGGGCUUAUGAACCUCUUCACGCGUUACUGGGGCCAAAUAUCAGACAAGCAAAAGGAAGAAACCCGCAACUUUCUUUUGAAUUACCUGUACCAGCGCAGCGCAGAUUUGCUGCACAAUGCACACGAAAUCCUGGGCCACCUAAUUCGAUUGCUUUGCCGCAUAGUCAAACUUUCUUGGUUUGAAGAUGUAGACAAGGCAAAGUUGACUCAGGAAAUGCAGCCAAAGAUUGGAUCCCAUAUGUCUCGUCUGCGUCGCGUGGCAUUCUCGUUCCGCGAUAUAGCUCUUCCGUCAAUUCUGAAGGUGGCUGUGAAGACGCUUCAGCAGUUUGACGCUGGAGCGAUUCGCGUACCUAACGAAGAAGAGGAGACGCGGUUGCUGAAACAAGUGCUGCAACUGGCCCUUAAUUGCUUGUCCUUCGAUUUUAUGGGCACAAUGGCAGACGACACCACUGAUGAGCAGAACACAGUCAUGAUUCCGCAAGGCUGGAGCGAAUUCAGGGAGGAAACCUUCCCCAGGAUGUUCUUCAGUCUUUACAAUGCUUGCUGGCACAAGACUCCGCACCGACCGCGGGUGGAAUGUGCUCGUUUGUGUUUGUCUUGCCUCGUGCUCAUAUCAGCGUUCAGACGGUCUUUCUUCGAAACAACAGCCAUUCGAAACAAAUAUAUGGGCGAGUUGAUCUUGGGCACUUUUCAGAUAAUCAAAACAAGGACGGGCCUCUCGGACGAUAUGUGCUACCACGAGUUCUGCCGUCUUAUAGGCAAAGUCAACACUUCCCAUCACCUCAGCGAACUCUGUGCUUCAGAACCCUUCAGGGAGUUUCCCCAACAUCUUUUCGACUUCACAAUGGAAAGCCUGAAAUCCUGGCAGCGGAUGCCCAACAGCAAACACUAUCUCCUAGGCGUUUGGGCCCACAUGAUAUCUCCCUUGCUUUUCUACAAGCAGAGGGUGCCCAAGGAUUUGGAAUUGUAUAUCGAGAGGAUCACAGCAGCAUUCAUCAUGAGUCGCAUGUGUGUGGCGGAGGCCAUAGCUGAAGAUUCAGACAACUGUGAUUGGGAAAGUCCCUUAAACAACGAAGUGUUGCGCCAGGAACAACUGGAAGUUCUGUCUCAACUUGCCCGUUGCCGCUACACCAAGACAGCCCGAAUGGUUCAUGAUUUGUUCGAGGAGACGAAGGCUAAAGCGCAGAGCGGUGAGAUGAACAGGAAGGUUUUUGAGGAGAAGAUCACGUGGCUCGUAUACCUCAUUGGGGCACUUGUCGGCAGCAACUGGACCGGAAGGCUCCCCGACGUACACGUGGAAGAUGCUUCCUCCGAGACGGUGCAAAUGGCAAAUGCGGGCCUGUCAAAGCUUGUCUUGACUUUGAUAGAGGAGACGAAAUGCGAAGGAACGCCAGAGGCGCUUGAGCUAGCGUUUCUGUAUUUCUUGGAUCAAUUCAGAAAACUCUUUAUAGGCCAGUUCGCCCGCACACUAGACAGCCCCAGCGCUUUCGCUACAGCACUCGGUGCUGCAGACGACAAAGCGAUCGUGGCGACCUUGGUGAGUAAGAUCGGUUUCAAUCUCCAGCACCGAGUGAAUAUGCCGGAAUGCAUAAAGAAGUCCAUGGAUCUCCUUUUUGAGUUCGUGGCCGGUGUUCACAUCGUUCACUGGAUAUCCCGAGCCCCAGAACUGAUCGUCACCGGUCGUUUGCUGCUGGAAACUCCAACUGGCGCCUACUUCCUAACGAAUCACUGCAGCGCUGAGUUCAAGUUUCUUUCGAUGCGAAGGUAUUCAAGACUGCGGACGACGUAUUACUUAACGCUCGGGACACUACUGUUUUACCAACAACAGAAAACUACCGUCUCUUUCGAGCAAUUCGUGCAGCCCAUGGACGCCAUCUUUCUGUCUUUGUGGCAACAAACUGACGAGGGGAGAAAUCCAGCAUCCAUUCGCAACCCGCUUUGUCGCGACCCUCUGAUUGGUCUUGUUCGAGAUUUAAGAGGGUUAAGUUUCGCAUCUGGGCUCAGCUCCACUUACACAGUCCUUUUUGACUGGCUAAUGUCCCCUUGGAAGAAGAUCAACGGCACCACUCGCAUGGCAAUAUUUAGCUGGGCAGCAGAUGCAUGGUGGGACGAUGCGGAAGUUUUGGUUCCCCUUUUGAAGUUCAUUGCCGACUUUGUCGACAACAGGGGAGGCAACAGAAUUCACUUUGUAGAGUCGUCCGCAAAUGGCAUUCGGCUCUUCAAGGAGGCAUCGAGUGUGGUGCUCAAAUAUGGCAACAGGAUACUGCAGAAGCAGGACUUCUCCGAUCCCUACAAAGAGAAGUAUAAGGGAAUGGCUGUAGCGUUGCAAAUACUGAGCAACAUCAUCAGAGGCUCAUACUGCCACUAUGAAGUAUUUGAGGUCUACGGGGACACAGUGCUGAACGAUUCCCUUCGCCUGGCUCUCCAGAUGUGUCUUGCAAUCCCCCAAGAUGAUUUGAUGGCCUAUUUGAAGUCGCUAGGAGCUGUUUACUCCUUCCUUGAAGUUGCUACGGAAUCUUUCAUGCAAAACAUUCUAGAACUGCCUCCGGCCCACCUAGCGCAACUGUUGCGAUGCGUGGAGGAUGGUCUCUGUGCUCAAGAAACAGUGCUAAUGCUAUCGUGCGCCACGUUAGGCAAUUUUGUCGAGUUCAUCUUUAAGUAUCGGAACUCUGAAGAAAAGGAAGGAGAAGCUGUUCGCGCGUUCCUUGAGGCUCAGCCUGGAAGUUUGCCGCGAAUGCUGCAGCUGAUAUUCCAGCUCCUCAUGACAGGCCAACUCCCAAAUUUGUUCUCAAUAUCGGGUGUUUUGCUGGGACUGAUUUUGCUGCAAGAAAACGAAUACUUGAAGCUAAAGCAGCAAAUCAUUGAGCAACAGAUUGAAUGCAAGAGACCACAGGUGGAAGGGUUCUUUACAGCUUUGAUGCUGAACAUUGAGGAAGACCUUGAAACAGCAAAUAAAGAUAAGUUUAUGAGGAACCUGUACCACUUCGCUCAUGACAUUCGAAAGUCCACACGCGUGCACCUAAUCAACUCCUCGUUAUUGCUGGAGUGGCAGGUAGAGCGGAAACUGGACUUGCAGGGAUAG